AUGAAUUUAUCCUCGAAUUGGACGCCAUUGACGAUGCCGCGCCCCGCCGCUUCCCCCGCGCCGCACCCCAACGCGAUCAGCCUCGAGCUCGCCUUCACCGCCGCGAACACGCUCGCGCUCGUCGCGUGGUCGCUGCUCGUCGCGCGCACGCACGUCGCGAACAACGCGCGGCCGAACAACAGAGACGAGCUCCUAAAAAUCGCAAAGGUCACGAGGCUGGCGGAGCAGGGCGUCCGAUUCACCGCGAUCGUCUUCGCGGUCGCCUACUUUGGCGCGCUCGCGGCGUACGUCGUCACCUCGGGCGUCGGCGUGGGCGUCUUCGGAUCGUUCUCGUCCCUGCAGGGUAUCAAGUCGCUGUUCGCGAACGACGUCGUGUUGCUCGGCGGGUGGCUCCACUACCUCGCGUUCGACCUCGUCGUCGCGUCGCACGGCGCGCUCAACGAGGGGCAGUACGGCGUGCCGCGGGCGCUGACGAUCGGUCUGAGCCUUCCGCUGUCGUUCAUCGCCGGUCCGGUCGGGUAUCUGUGCUCGCGGUGCCUCGUGCGCGUGUACUCCCGCAGGACGACGCAGUGAGGCUGUCCAUCGCUUCGGGUUGGGUGGGGAUUAUUAUCGUGAUUGUUAUCGCGCGGGCGGGAAUGAUUGAAUCGCGCGCGCGGGGAUAGACGAAUAGGCGGCAUGCUGGCCGCGAUGCGCUCGACGACCCGCGUGCUCCUCGUCGGGUACCUCGCCACCGCAGCGCUGUGCGCGCAGAUGGUGCUCUGGAUAUGGCUCUCCCCCGGGUCGUGCUCGACGC